AAGCUAAAUGUAAUUUGUACACUGAGUUGUGAAAAUAUUUAAACCAAUAUGACAAGUCACGUUAUAUUUUUUCUAACGUUGGCCGUCGUAUUUCAUGAAACACUCGGAGCUGGCAUCGUGACGCAGCUAAAUGUGGCCCAGCGAGCUUCAAGAUUCUUUGAUCCAAACCCUGAAAAGAAUUACUCCCAGAUAAUCAAACACCAUUCAUCGGCGUUUUACAGUGGAACACCAUUUCCCGAUGCCUUUUACAAUGAGCUUUGUGAAUUUGGAAUGUUUUCAAACAUAUCAGAUGAUACGAAAUCAGGACCGUUCUUGAAUGCAACUAUAAACUACAUCAACAGAAAACCAAAACCAUGGGACAAGGCGACCGAGCAAUUGUUUGCAUUCAUGAUGGGAAUGAUGUCCAAUCAGGUAUCAGACUCACUGUGGACAAGUCAAGGCGUGGAUCAAGGAUUUUUGUCGACCAUGGGAUAUACCAACUUUCAUGGGUCAGUCCACAAAGCAAGAAAAGCAGGCAAUUUUGGUGGAGAUAUAGUCGUUGUAUAUCUAUUGCAUGUUGUCGACGAAAUCGACGAAUGGUACGUUCCAGUUGAUGAUCUAUUUGAAAUUUACAAGGAAUUUUACGGGUCUGUGCAAAUCAACAAAACACUGAUAGAAUCUUGCUCUACUUUAGCUUUAGUGACAGCAUACGCAGAGAUAACUGGAAAUGCUGAGCUGUUUACAAUAGUCGCCGACACGUCUGAUUUUAUUGUGGACAAUCUUGUGGAAUAUUUCCAAGGAGGAUUAAUGGACAUGGCGGGUUGGACAAACAGGAAGUGGCACGACGCCAUAACAAUGCUCGAACAAGGCACAAAAGCAUGCCAUAUUCCACACAAUCCUCUCUUUAUAAAUUGCUCUAAAAAGCAGGACACUGCACUGAUGUUUCACCCCAAACCACGCAGACCAACAGACAGACCAUAUACUGGAGACCUUUCUGUGUCCGAUUUUCAGAUCACUAGGUCUCAAGGAGCCAUCACUAUUAAGCCUGGACACAAAAUAAAGAAUAGGCUAGCAGAGCUUAAAUCCCAACUGAACAAGAUAAAGAAGCAGAAGCAGCCUGAGCAAGAGCAAGUGGAAGAUGAUUAUCAGCCCGAGCCCGAGAAGGUGGAAGAUGACUAUCACUGGAAGAUUUACUUCCAGGACUACAACCAUGGAUCCCUGCUCGGAAAAUCUCUGGCGGCGGCUGAUGUUGACGGAGAUGGUAACGUGGAUAUUGCUAUCGGAGCUCCAGGAUUUUCUGAGAAUGAAAACAUAAUGGCGGGGAGAGUUUAUAUACUUUACAAUAGUGAAAACGGAUUUCCAAGGCCUGGUAAAUACUUUGAUUAUGUCGACAUUAACAACUUGACAAUAGGAUAUAACAGAAUUUUUGAUGGAGAAAAGGAGUUACAAUCUCGAUUCGGAUCCUCUGUUGCCUUACUUGAUGUUAACCUAGACGGUAUGGUGGAUUUAGUAGUGGGGGCAAGCUCCUACGGAAACACGAGUCCUUUAGACUACAAUGGUAGAGUUUUCGUGUUUUAUGGGUCUGGUAAAGAAAGGAAAUGGAACCAGAAGCCAGAUAUCACUCUAACAUGUCAGUCUAAAUUCUGUAACCUUGGAUACUCGUUGACAUCUGUUGACGUUAACAAAGACGGACAUCUGGACCUGGUGAUGGGUACACCCCACUACAGUGGAGGAAAUCUUACUCAGAACGGCAUGGUGGCCAUUCUCGUCUCGGCAUCAACAGCAUCUGGUACAACCAUACCUGUGGAAUCUUUGACAAGGAAAAUAUAUGGAGAGCAGUCAUACAGUUGGUUUGGUCAAAGGAUUAGCGGAAAGAAUGGUACUCUAUUGGUGAAUGAACCUUACUUCAGGAUCUGCGAAAAUCCUUCGUGUCCAUCUUUCUCUGAGUCAGACCAACAAGCUGUUGGUAAAUUACACGUCUACAACUUUGGUAACAGCACUGCCAUGACCAACAUGUCUAUUGCUGGUCGUGACGCUUAUGACCUCGCCGGACAUAGCAGUGACUUUGGCGACCCCUUUGGUAACGGCUCAUUGGUCGUUGCUGUAGGAGUUCCGGGCGCGGACGUGGAUGGAGAAGUACUUACUUUAAAAAGCAAAUGGACGCAAGCCGGAAAAGUUAUACUGUUAAAACUGGAGAAAGGGCAGCUGACAGAAAUAGCAAACUAUGAGAGUGACAGAAGAUACAGCCGAUUUGGAAUGAGAGUCACUUUUGCUGAUAUCAAUAAUGACAAUAUCGAUGAUUUACUGAUCGGGAGUCCAUACAGAAAUGACGAUCCGUCCAAUCUCUUCAGCAUCAUAUUUGAUGGGAAGACAUAUGCUUUUUAUGGAGGAGAAUAUUUUCCUGUUGGUAAUGCUACAAACAGAAGUUGCAAGUCGAUAUCACCCUGUCCGAACCGUAAUGCUAAUCAUACAUUCUCCUCAUUCCUUGAGGAUAAGAACUAUUUUGGGGAUAAUUUUGUAACACUUCCAGCCAUUAAUGUGACACAGUUGGUAAUAUCAGCCUCUAUAUGUGCAGAUGACUAUGAUUACUAUGGAUCAGACUCCAGCUAUGUUUACGUAUUCGAUACAGGCAGCAAACUGAAAGAACCAUAACAUUGUAAACA